GGGUCAGACAGAGCCCUGAAAGGAGGAGCAGAGGGAAGGAGGUGUUUUGUGUUUUCGCCUUCAGCGACAGUUUUUGUGAAACGUGCAGAGAGAGAGACGCUACUCUGAUCUCCAUCACUCCUUCAUUCAUUUCUUCACUGGUUCAUAAGUGUGAGGAUGUGUGUGUGCUGGAUUCAUCCUCUGCUGGUAUCAGCUGUCACGAUGAUGUCAUCAUGGUGCGUUCAAGGCCUGCGAGUGGAUCUGAUUCCAAAGAGUCCCCUGUUUAAACUGGGGGGCCGGAGCCAGCUGGUAUGUGCGGUCCAGGACUGUCCCACGAGGCCAAGCGUGUCAUGGUCUGUACUAGGGGACCGUCCUCUCACGGCCUCCAUCAGCACCAACGGAACGGGCUCUGUGUUGACCUUUGACCCCGUGAUGAUGGAGCAUGAGGGAAUGCUGGUGUGCAGAGUGAGCUGUGGAGGAGAGACCAGGCAGAACAAAACCUCCCUCAAAGUUUACUCCUUCCCAUCAACCCCGAUGAUAAGCGGACAGGACCACCUGAGGCUGGGGGCAGAGUCUCUUCUCACCUGCAAGGUGUCUGAGGUUUACCCCCCUGAGCAGCUGACCCUGAGCUGGCUCAGAGGAGAUGUUGUCCUGCAGAGCAUCAUGGGAGAUCCUGGAUCCAGCUCUGUCCAGUCUGAGUAUAGAUUCAUCCCUCAGGCCCAGGACUCAGGAGGGUUCAUCAGCUGCAGAGCCAUGCUGGACAUACAGGACCUACCGUCCCAGGACCACACCAGAGAGACUAGUGUCCUCCUGAACCCACUCUAUCCUCCUGUGGUCACUGUGACUAAAGACUCCAUGUUGGUGAUGGCAGGCUCUCGGCUCACUCUAAACUGUUCAGCAGAGGGAAACCCUGAGCCCACGCUCACCUGGACCUUCAGGAGAGCUGAGGGAGGGUCUGAGGGGCGGGGUCAAGGCCUUCAGCUGGUCCUCGACCCGGUGAUUCUGUCUGAAUCAGGAUGGUACGACUGUGAAGCACGAAACACUGAGGGGAACCAGACCGCUGCUGUAGAGGUCAAAGUUCAUGCCCCUCCAACCAACACCUCCCUCUCACUUAGUCCAGGUGAGGAGGUGGUGGAGGGCCAACAGGUGACGUUUACCUGUCACUCAGAGGGAGCUCCACCCACUGUAGUGGUGCUAAAGAGAGAGGGGGUGGAGCUCCAGAUGACUGACUCCGCCUCCUCCUCCUCACUCUCCUUCAACAUCUCCUCCGCCCAGCUGGAAGACUCUGCCCACUACCAGUGUGAAGCAUCCAACCAGUACGGAUCCCAGCUAGUCAGCAGCUCACUCACAGUCAGAGCUCACCCUCUGCAGGUUGAGGUGAGUCCCCCUGUCUUUGCAGCAGAGCUGGGUUCAGCUCUGGUUCUCACCUGUAAUGCCUCUGGAUGUCUCCACCCCCCCACUCUCACCUGGAGACGGACAGACUAUGAUGGGACAGUCUUCCAGAGGACAAAUCAGCAAGAUGGACUGUCCCUGCUCCACCUGAAGGACGUGGACCUCCAGUAUCAAGGGGGAUUCACCUGUGAGGCUGAGUGUGACUCCGUCAUCAGGACCGCACACACCCAGAUCCAGGUGUACUCCUUUCCAUCUGAUCCGGAUGUAAGGGAUCCUGGUCCCAUCUUGCUGGGUCAGGAGGCAGUCUUUAGCUGUGGCGUCAGAGACGUCUUCUCUGCCAAUCAGAUGAGCAUCCAGUGGCUGAUGGGUAACACAACACUGACAACAGAGUCCCUCACGUUCUCCGGUUCGGUACGGAACGUCUCAUCUGUUCACCAGCACCUGGUCUUAGAGGAGCAGCAGGUUCUGACCUGCAGAGCUGAACUGCUGACAGAGGAUGGGGACGUGUGGAGGACCAGGGAGACCAGCAUCAACAUGCAGGUCCACUAUCCUCAGAGGAGCACCUCCCUCUCACUUAGUCCAGGUGAGGAGGUGGUGGAGGGCCAACAGGUGACGUUUACCUGUCAGUCAGAGGGAACUCCGUCCACUGUACUGGUGUUAAAGAGAGAGGGGGUGGAGCUCAAGAGGACUGACUCUGCCUCCUCUUCCUCCUCGCUCUCCUUCAACAUCUCUUCCGCCCAGCUGGAAGACUCCGCCCACUACCAGUGUGAAGCAUCCAACCAGUACGGAUCCCAGCUAGUCAGCAGCUCACUCACAGUCAGAGUUCCUCCCAGGAACACCACAGUCCUCGUCCUGCCAUCUACGGUGGUCCAGGAGGGACAAAACGUCACUGUGUGCUGCCACACCGUCAGUUUCCCUCCCUCAGCCGUGGUCCUGAAGAAGCUGACCAAUGGGAUGGAGCUACAUUCCUCCAACGGCACCUUCCUACUGGUCAACGUCACGGCCAGAGACUCUGGGGUUUACCAGGUCAAUGUGACAAACGAUCUCGGGUACCAGGUCAAAAUGUUCAGUAUCAGUGUCACAGAGAGAAGAACUAAACUUCCUCCUAGACUCAGCGCCGUCAUCAUCCCAGCCAUUUGUGUAGCCGCUGGGCUAGCAGCCGCCGCUCUGCUCCUUGACUACCUGAGGCGGUCUAAGAAGAAGGGUUUCUAUCAGCUUCCCCAGUCUACCCCGCCCUCAGCCUGAGGCCAGCACCGCACCCAACAUGUGGCUUCAGUGCCCUAACAUGUGGCUUCAGUACCCCAAUACGUGGCUUCAGUACCCCAACAUUUGAAAUCAUGGGGCUUCAUGUCUGAAUAUGUGGCUUCUGUAUCUCAGUCUGUGGCUAUAACAUCCAAACAUGUGCUAUCAUGUCCUGACUCGUAGCUUCACUACACUAACAUGUGGUGACUUUUGUCCGUCCACGGCACUUCCAGACCUGUGGCUGCAAAUUAGCAACACGCGACCAUCACUCUUCAUAUCAACCUUUUUGGAAGGCAGCUCCCAGCAUGUGGCUCAAUCUACUAAACAAAGGGACUACUCUGCAUUUACAUGUGGCUACUGGUUUUGAACAUGUGGCCGCUGGUUUUGAACAUGUGGCCACUGGUUUUGAACAUGUGGCUACUGAUUUUGAACAUGUGGCUACUGCUUUUUAACAUGAGACUACUGGUUUUGAAUAUGUGGCUACUGGCUUUGAACAUGUGGCUACUGGUUUUGAACAUGUGGCCACUGGUUUUGAACAUUUGGCUAUUGAUUUUGAACAUGAGGCUACUGGUUUUGAAUAUGUGGCUACUGGCUUUGAACAUGUGGCUACUGGCUUUGAACAUGUGGCUACUGAUUUUGAACAUGUGGCUACUGAUUUUGAACAUGUGGCUACUGAUUUUGAACAUGUGGCUGCCUGUUUCCAUCAAGUGACAACGUGUACAUGCAUGAGUGUUGUAUGUUUAUAAGCCAACAUGUGGCAACGAGCUGUCAUCAUGUGACUACCAUGUCUGCCGUGUGGUUCUGUCACGUCAACAUCUCGUUUUUCUGCUUGUAUGUGCUGCCACACUAUCCAGAUUGAUAAGUGUAUUAAGAGUAAUUUUUAACAAGUGACAACCAUCUAACCUAUAUGUGGCCAAUCAAUCAAUCAAUCAAUCAAUUAUUUAUAUAGCACCAUUUCACAGCGCAUUUUAUCUCAUGUGGCCUUUAUAUCCUGAAAUGUGACAAUAUGAUAUGAAAGUGUGGCUAACGUGUCAAUGUUAGCUAAUCUUCCUCCUGUAGCCACCAUGUCCUGUCUCAUUAGGCUAACAUGGAGCUACCACUUCCAGUCCUGUGACCACCGUCUCCCAACAUGUGGUGAUCUCUUUGUUUCCCCUCGUUGAACUAACACCUUCACAUAUGUGGCUUAAAGAUUGAACACACUUUGUUUUAAGAUUCUGAAACGUGGCCGAGCAUGAAGCAACAACAUGAGACAACAUAUGAUCUGCAUGACAACCUACUCCCAACCAGAAUCCUAAGGUGGCUUUGAUAUCCAGUCUGGGACUACUCUCCAAACAUCUGGUUGAUUUCAUGGCUUUUUACUUUUAUCAAGUGACCUCUGGGUCUUGAUUUGGCUCCUCGUCCUCAUUAGUUUCCUUAAGACUUAUACACUGGACCACAGAAACCUGAACUGUAGCUACCGAACUCCAAUGGUUGCCUCGUUCAGGACAGCGAGACGUGACGGGUGACUUUGCACAAUGAUCCAUAUAAGACUUCAGACUGUCCUGGGGUUGUAUAACAGAAGAUAAGGAGUUAACAGAUCAAUCUCUCAGACUUUGGGGGUUUCCGUCGUGAACCUGAGGAGGAUGGAAGUGAAACUAAAGCUGGAACAGAAAGUUUCCAGUGUGGUUUGGUACUGCUGCACCUUGACUUUUAUAUUUUUCAUGUGCUUUGAUGUGAAAUGAUCUGAUUAGGAUCUGACACAGGGGGGGGGUCCUCUGUUUGGGAGUUAUCCAACAUAUUUAUUUCUUCUCUGGUCCUGGAGCUCGUAUAAGCAAGGAUCAGAUUUUCUUGGAAUUUCCUGUGAUUCAGCAGCCGCUCAGAAAGCUUUCCCUUUCACUUCUCUCCCUCGCUCUAUUUACUGGAAGUCCUCAGCACAUCCCAGCCAAUCACCAAGGCGACGCUCCUGUUCACACAGGGAGUCCUCUUUGAGUAUAUGGGCCAGUCUGAAGGAACGGGUUUGACCUGCUGCUGAGAGGAACUGCAGUGUUCCAGAGAGGGAGUUAAACCCGACCCAAAGGGACCCAAGACACCCAGAUCUGCUGAGUGUGUGUGAGUGGAAAGAAUGUAAUGAAGAAGACGAGUGAAUAAACAUGUCUCUUUUACAAAACUGGA